CCUGCGUGACUCACGCUGUAACUCUACACCCGGUUCGGUUCGGCUCGGCUCGGCUCAGCGCAGGGAACUUACUGGCGGCCACAAACCGUCGGAGCUCACGCGAACUGGAUCAAAACCAGUAAAGACUUGAGUCCCAACACCAGGCUUCAGGAUGAACUUUUGUCUGCGGAUAUUUUCCCUUGUUCUGCUCGUCACUGCGACAUUCACGCAGGAUGAUGGAUUUGAUCUCUCUGAUGCUCUGGGACCAGAUCCAACACCUGCACCCAAAAAGCCAAGUUCUGGAGAUUCUGGUGGCUUUGGGUUCGACCUGGAAGACGCUCUCAAACCAGGCCCCACUGAGAAACCAAGGAACCCUGGGUACAAUCCAAGUGGUGGAGGAGGAGGAAGUUUUGAUGAUUCUGACCUGGGGGAUGUUAGCAAGGAUGGUUACAAGCCUGAUGAUUCAGGCCGUGCAGUGAACCCUGGCUAUGAUGACCAAGGUGGAGCUGAUAAUUCUCAAGCAGGAGGUUCCGGACCUAUUGCAGGAAUCAUUAGUGCUGUAGGUGUCGCUCUGGUUGGAGCUGCAUCCAGUUACUUUGCUUAUCAGAAGAAGAAGCUCUGCUUCAAGCUGCAGGGAGGUGCAGAUCCAGAGAAAGGUCACCAAGGAGGUCAGUCCAACCCAGGAGACAACCAGAUUUUUAGUAACCUGCUCCGGAACAACUAGAUGCUGAAUCGGAACUUGAUCCAACUUUUCAGCCAACAAUCUUUGGUACAGAAAAGAUCCACAAGUUCCACCAACGCCUGCAGAACAAAAUGACAGCCAGCUUAUCUUACUCUGAGCUUCAGCAACAGUCAGAAUAUAAUUUUUUGUAAUGAUUUCAGGGCUUUAUGUUGACGUGUUCUGACUUUAUGUUACUCUUGUAAACUUCAUUUUUGUCUUUUUCAUGUUUGCUAAGCUGUUGGUUUGAUGUAAUGAGUCACAGCAGGAAAUCUGUUUGCUGCAGUAUCUUCCAUAAAAACCUUGCACCCAUCAGGAAAGGAGGCUUGUGGCGUUGGCUUCUGUUUAUGUGGAGUAUCUAAACUCACCUCCCUCAAAGAUGAGGAAACAGAAGUAACCUGAACAUUUAUUAUAACAUGAUAUAACACCUGAACAUGAUGUGUGACUCAUUGAAAGGUUUGCAGUUUCACAGGACACUGAUCAUAAGUGUUUUAUGCAGCUUGGUGGGAAUCCCACUGAAGGAGCUUUAAUGUAAACUGAUUGUCGUGUAACCAAAGGCUGAAUGAAAAUGCAAAUAGUAAAUGUACAGAAUUGAAUUCUGUAUGUGAGGGACCUUUAGAAAAGCACAGAGCUCUGCACUGUUCUACAGAAGCAUUUAGCUGUUAGAGCUGGACUUUAAGUAAAGCUGCAGUAUCUGCAUAUAACAAGAAACUUUCUGGUUAUAAUGACAAAUAAGUCUUAUUCCUCAAAGUGUUGUUUUGUUGUUACGAUCUUGUAUCUAAAAGGCUGGAAACUUUCUUGUUGUGACGAGAUGCUACUGCUUUAUUUCCUGGCUGUGGAAGUGAAUUAUUUCUGAACUGUUUGAAACGACCAGCCCUAGUUGUAAUGCUGCACUCUCCGUUUAGUUUAGUUUUUCUUUUCUAAACCGUUUUCACUGUUUCCUGGUGGAUUUUAAACACACCAAACUAGAUGUGUAGAGUAGCUGCUUGGUUAAGCUGACUAACUAGCUGCUAACAUGUUAAUAGCCAGACUAACUAGCAGCCAGUUAGCUACUCGCUAACAUUUUAGCUGCAACAAAGACAUAAUGCUAAAGGCCAUUUUUAGGGGAUUGUUUUCUUGUUUUUUAGUUGAAAAAUUAAGUACAGACACCUAAAAAAAUGUUUUUUUAUCUAACAGUUGGGUAUUUUUUUUAUUAAGCUUUUCAUAUAAGAUAUAAAUGCUUUAGCUUUUAGGUCGUCCUUUUUGGUUCUGCUGAUUUAUAUGAAACAUUGAUGUUCGCUGAGGUUCUGCUUCCUUGUUGAAUCUUAUUGCUUCUCUUUUGGUUGAGCAGUUGCUGCUGUCUGUGUUUGGUGCCUUGUAAUCUGAUAGUGAAGGACGUGAUGUUGCAGAACGUCUUCAUUAUGAAAUAGAAAAACAAGCUGCAUCUCUAUGUGCUGUAAAUAAUCCACUCCUUUAGAUUUGAGUUCUAUGACUUGUUCUGUCAGCUAAACCAUCAGUUUAAAGUGUUUUGUUAUUUUAAACUUAUGUCUGUUUUACCUACAUUGACAUUGUGCAGGUCUGUUACUGGAAUACAAAAUGCAUGAUGUGUCAUAGGAUUUCUGGUGUGUACAUGUUUUUAAUAAAGUGUUAUUAUACACUA